GGCGAAUGGCGAACAAUGAGGCCCCUUGCACAAGAAACAGAAAUUAAUAAAAAAAAAAGGAAAAACCCCAAUUAAAAUCCACAUAUAUAAACAAAACCCUGGCCGCUUCUCACUCUCUUCGUAGUCCAAAGAUUCAACGAUUAGGAGUGCGAAGUUUCAAGUCUGUGUUCUUCUCGCUUCCCUCUUUCCUUCCCUGGGUUCCACUGUGCCGAUGAAUUUUGUUCUCAGAAAGGGACCGUCUUCAUCCAUUGUGGGUUUCCAGUUCCAUUUUACCUUCAUGAACCGGGGAAGGCUUCGCUGUUCUCGCAAUUUCUUUCGCCACUGGACUUGACGCUUCGCACCCUCAAUUCUUUUAGGGUUAUUUAAUUCCGUUCAUCAUUCUCUAGUUAAAUUUCUCGUCUUUUUUGUUUUUAAUUUUUAUUUUUAAUUGGGAGUUCCUACGAAGUUGGUUUCUUUCUUCACUGCUGGUGAAGUGGUUCUUUGUUGUUGGAUUGUUUGAUUUAAGGGAAGUUGUUAGAUUCUGAAGGUUUUACCAUUUAAGCUUUCUUUAUUCUUCUGCGAUGGCGGCAAUGAAGUCAAUUCCAGGGUAUCGGUUUCAUCCAACAGAUGUUGAGCUGGUUCAGUACUUUCUGAAAAGGAAGGUGAUGGGGAAGAGAUUCCCUUUUGAUGUGAUUGCUGAACUUGAUAUAUACAAAUAUCCGCCGUGGGAUCUACCAGAUCAUUCUUUGCUUAAAACUGGAGAUUUGGAAUGGUACUUCUUUUGCCCUCGAGGGAAGAAGUAUUCGAGCGGAGGGAGGAUGAAUAGGGCCACAGAAUGUGGGUACUGGAAGACUACUGGCAAGGAUAGAUCCGUUGAGAACAAGAAGCUUGUUGUGGGCAUGAUAAAGACUCUGGUGUUUCACAUGGGUAAAGCACCCAAGGGAGAUCGAACUGAUUGGGUUUUGCAUGAAUACCGACUUCAAGAUAAGGACCUUGCUGAUAAGGGUGUUCAACAGGAUUCUUAUGUGAUAUGUAAAGUGUUUCAAAAGGAUGGUCCUGGUCCUAGGAAUGGUGCACAAUACGGAAGGCCAUUUAACGAGGAAGAGUGGGAUAAAGAGGAUGAAAUUGACUGUGUAGAAUCUGCACCUGUUGCUGCUCUACCUGCUGCAGUUCCUAUACAACCCGCUUCAUGUCAUAGCUCUGUUGUGAAUAACGUGAAUCUCUCUGUGAGUGAAUGCUAUGGGUUGACCUCUGUUUCAUGUUUAACAGGGCCAAUGCCUUCUUGCUCAGCACAUCCUUCAGCUCCAAGUAAUCAAGUUGAUGGUGACAUUACACCAGUGCCUGGUUCCUCCAUAGAAGAUAACAUAAUGGCUCCUACUCAGAACACCACAACUGAAAAGGUUGACAAUCCUCCUGACGUAAACAAUGCUGAAGGGACACCUUGCUUUGAUCCCAAUGAGAUUUUUGGGGGUCUGGGUGACCUUGAUGGUUUGUUCGAAAUGGGUGGAAUUGGACAUGGUUUUUCCUGCGGCCAAAAUGGUGGAUAUACUGUGAAUGAAAUGCUUUCUGCGGGUGAUGGGUUGCGUUUCCCUGAUCCCCUGGACUACUUGGAGUUGGGUGACCUCGACACCCCAUUGUUAUGGGAGACUAAUGAACAAGGAAAUUGGAGCCAGGACAAUAAGUGAGGCUUCAAAAUUUGACGAAGCAUCAACAUGAAGUUGGUGGAAGAACCAUUGCCGUGUGUUGCUGAUCUUGAUUUUCCUUCCAUUCUCAUUUAUAAACUCUACUGAAGCAUAUAUUCUGUAGAAACAUUCCUUUCUGUAAUAAGCUAACACAUGAUAGCAGUUGAUAAAAUCUUUAGUGUUAGUUCUA